AAAUAAUAACUGUCUCAUCCCAACAUAUAUUUUUACAUUUUCAAUGCAUCUUUUUAUAUUUUUAAUACAAAAACACCUAAAAAGACAGACUGAAAACACGAUCCCAACAUAGCCUAAGUGGUCAAAGACACCGUUCUUGGUUAUCGCAUCACCAUUUCCCAGAAACGUGGUUGCUGAUUGGAUCCCCAACAGUUGACUAUCUUAUCAAUUACAUUUUGACAGCUUAAUUAUCUAUGCGGAUGAACUCAGAGUUUCUGCUCAGCUAAAGGGCAACAAGAACACAGCAAAAAAUGGAGGAAGAACUGGUUUCAGCUGAAGGAGAAAAGGGCCAUGAGAUUGUGAUAGUUGGAGCUGGAAUUGGCGGACUUGCUACUGCUCUUGCUCUUUACAGAAAAGGGUUCAAAGAUGUGGCUGUUUAUGAAAGAUCAGAGAGCCUCAGAGUUGAGGGAGCAGCAAUAGGAAUUUUCUCAAACGGGUGGCGUGCACUUGAUCAGCUUGGUGUUGGAGAUCAGCUUAGGGACAAGGCUAUUCUUAUGGAAGGGUAUUGCAAAACAUAUUAAUUAGUAGUUCAGUAUCCUAUAAUUUAUCUGAUAUUGCUAAAUGUAUAAUCAUUUAGUCCAAGAUUAAGUAAACCUUCUGUCUCCUUACGAGUUCUAUGGUUUGUUCAUUUUCACUACAACUCAGAGAUGAGGAUAUAUGGAUCAAAAAUGGAAGGAGCCGAAAAUCGCAUUUUCUGGAUGGUGAAGCUCGUUGCUUGAAAAGGAGAGACUUGAUAGACGCCCUUGCUAAUGCUUUGCCACCCAACACGGUACAAUUUGGAUGCAACACCGUUUCAGUAAAAAUGGAUCCUGAAAGUAUGUCACCAGCCCUUCAACUUGAUGAUGACAAGGCUAUUCGAGCAAAAGUUCUGAUUGGAUGUGAUGGAUCAAACUCUAAAGUGGCUGAGUUUGUUGGGUUGAAACCUGCAUCGUCGUUUCCCCUGGCUGCAGUCAGAGGCUUGUCCUAUUAUCAAAAUGGUCAUCCUUUCCCGCCUCUGUUUGUCCGAAUGAGGGGAGAUCAGGGAAAUGCAAGUUUGGUUGGAAGAAUUCCUAUCAAUGAUAAGCUGGUAUAUUGGUUCGUGGCUAUACAUUUGUCCCUGCAAGGACAAAAAUUUCCAGAUGAUCCAGAACUUAUUAAACAGGCUACAUUGAAAAUGAUAACCGGCUUUCCAGCUGAUGUUGGAGAAAUGAUAGAGAAAAGUGAUCUGGAAACGUUGUCCUUCACGCACUUGCGCUACCGCCAUCCAUGGGAGAUACUAGUUGGAAAAUUUCACAAAGGACCUGUGACUGUACUUGGGGAUGCAAUGCAUGUGAUGGGUCCAUUUUUGGGGCAGGGAGGUUCAGCUGCAUUAGAAGAUGCUGUGGUUCUUGCCAGAAAUCUGGCACAGAAACUCAAUCAAUCUGAUGGAGGGAGACUAAUUAUGAACCACAAGAAGAUUGAGGAAGCGUUUGAUGAAUAUGUCAAAGAGCGAAGGAUGCGAAUUAUGCGAUUGUCUACACAAACUUACCUUUUUGGUGUGAUUUUGGGAAGCACGUCAUCAUUUGUCAAAUUCAUUGCUAUUGUCAUAGUGAUUUUCGUGUUCAGAGAUCGACGUGCACAUACUAAAUAUGAUUGUGGCAAACUCUGAAGUUAAACUAAACACUAGAACUUGCAUAACGUUUUCAAUUAGGCUUUUCCUCUCUAUCAGGUUGCUGGUAAUUGCUUUUUGUCAAUGUCACCCUGAGGCAGCUUUUCUUAAGUUUUUCUGUAAGUUGCAGCGAUGCAUAAUGAAAAUCUUGCUUGUUUGGCUUUGGUAAAAUCAAGUGUGUGCCAACUGCCAAAUAACAAUUGGUUGAUCUUUAUUGAUGUAAGAUUCCGUUUCCUCGCAUUCUAGUGUUAGCAUGCUAGUGAGGGAGAUUUACUAGCUAUAACUCAACUUUUUUCAGAAUAAAAAACCCUGAAAUCUUUUAUUCAUAUAAUCAUAUUGACUUAUUGAGUACUUCCUCC